CCACGGGAGCGAGCAGCCACGCGCCCUCUGCCUUGGAAGGUCACCUUGGAUUCUGAUCGCUUUCCUAACCUUGCAUCCAGGCUGCAAAGCGAGGUGUUUUGGGGGUCUUUGUGAGUUAUGAUGGGAACAUAACCUCCCCUCCCCCUCCGUCUCCUGCACCGACCUUUUUUCUGUUCCUGAAACCACCUAGGCUGGGCUUUCUCCUGCUGUCCCCUCCUUAGGACACUCCUUACUUCCCAUGAGGUCACAGCUCAAAUGUCAUCUUGGCUAAGAGGUUUUUCUCUAAUCGUCUGACAGGUUAGGCUCUUCAUUACCUGGAACCCCAAUACAACAAGCUUCUGGAGGGCAGGGACCUUGCCUGUCAUCUUGUCUCCUAUGUCUGUGCCUAGAAUAGUGCCUGACUAGAAACAGGUGCUCCACAAAUAUUCAUGGAUAACGGUAGAAAUUCCACUUCUUUUCUGGGUCUCCCAACCUACUCCAAGCAUCAUUUCAUGUACAGACCCACUCUUUACCCUCUGCUUUGCCGAGCUUCAGGCUCCCACACAUCCCAUGUGCCUGGACCUCACGCUCCCCUUUACGCCCAGCUGCACCCCCACUUUCAGAAAGGAUGACGACGUCCUCCGCCAAUGCUUUUUCUGUCGGCAGAUUCAGCAGGGCGGGUCCUGCCCCUUUAAUCUGGGCCCCACCUGCUCUGGUCAGACAGGUUUGGAGACACAGGUAAAGGGAGAGAGACUGAGAGGAACACUUGCACAGCCAGCAGGGAGCCGGGCAGCUCCUUCCCAGACGUUGGGGACCCUCCGUCUCUCCAGAUGGAAAGGUGGUAGGCCCUCAUGGUAGACCCCAGGAGUGAGGCCCCAGGAUGACAGAACCCGAGACCCUGGCCCUGCUGGAAGUGAAGGGGUCUGAGGCCCCGGAGAAGAGCCCACCCCAGGCCUUGGUCCCCAACGGCCGGCAGCCAGAAGGGGAAGGUGAGGCCGAGACCCAUGGAGCUGCGUCCUCCAAGGUGGGGUCCUCAGUUGGGUCUACCACAGCCGGAGAGGGACCUGAGGAUGGUCUUGACAGCGCAGUGAGCGAGGCGGCCACCUUGCCCUGGGGGACCGGCCCCCCGCCCAGUGCCCUGUUCCCAGACCCCCCCGGGUGGCGGGACAUGGAGCCGGAGCCCCUCCGGUCAGAGCCACCCCCCAAGCUGGAGGAGUUGUCCGAAGAUGAUGCCAACCUGGUGCCCGAGAAGGCGGCCCGGGCCUUCGUGCCCAUUGACCUGCAGUGCAUCGAGCGGCGGCCCCAGGGGGACCCGGCUGCGCGCUGUGAGGCCGGCGAGGGCGAGGGCCGCCGGGCCUGCCUGCCCACCCGGCCCACCCAGCCCGAGCCCUGUGAGCGCAAGUGGGCCGAGGUCGUGGUGAGGCCGCCGGGCCACACUUGUGGGGGCUGCGGGGGCUGUGGAGGCCGGGAGGGGCUGAGGGCCGUGGCCUCGGUGGGAGCCGCGCUCGUUCUCUUCCCCUGCCUGCUAUAUGGGGCCUACGCCUUCCUGCCCUUCGACGCCCCGCGGCUGCCUACCAUGAGCUCCCGCCUCAUCUACACGCUGCGCUGCGGGGUCUUUGCCACCUUCCCCAUCAUACUGGGGCUGCUGGUGUACGGGCUGAGCCUGCUGUGCUUCUCGGCCCUGCGGCCGUUUGGGGAGCCCCGGCGGGAGGUGGAGAUCCACCGGCGCUACGUGGCCCAGUCGGUGCAGCUCUUCAUCUUGUACUUCUUCAACCUGGCCGUGCUCUCCACCUACUUGCCCCAGGAGACCCUCAAACUGCUCCCCUUGCUCACCGGUCUCUUUGCCGUCUCCCGGCUGAUAUACUGGCUGACCUUCGCCGUGGGCCGCUCCUUUCGAGGCUUUGGCUACGGCCUCACAUUCCUGCCGCUGCUGUCCAUGCUGGUGUGGAACCUGUACUACAUGUUCGUGGUGGAGCCCGAGCGCGUGCUCGCCAUUGCCGAGAGCCGCCUGGACUACCCCGACCACGCCCGCUCGGCCUUGGACCUCAGGCCUCGUCCCUGGGGCUGAGGCCCCCACUCGGCUCCCCCCAGCCUCACUGCCUCGGGGGACAAGCCCCAGGAUUGCCCACCUGUCCCCU